AUGAGGGUGAGGGGUUGGUGGGGAGGCCGCUGCGGGCGGAGCACGGGUCGGGAGAACCUGCGGGCCGGGCUGGGGCCCGGUGUGGGCCCUGCCUCCUCGUUGGGCUGCGAGAGGGGCUCCCUCCCGCUUGGACGGCCUGCAGGGGAGGGCAAUGGCAGGGCGGCGGCGGAGACGCUGGGAAGCGGAAUAGGUGUCCCGGGAAGAGGCUGGGCCCGGGCCAAGCGCACCAAGAAGGUUGGGAUUGUGGGUAAAUAUGGUACCCGCUACGGUGCAUCUCUUAGGAAAAUGGUGAAGAAGAUUGAAAUUAGCCAGCAUGCCAAGUAUACCUGCUCCUUCUGUGGCAAG